UCCCCCACUCCUUGGAGUCGCAUUGGCUUUGAGACCUUUGCCCUGACAUGGCGCAAACCCCAGGCCUGUCUUGGGUCAGUGAAGCUGUGUCCCAGGUGCCCAGGCCGAGAGCCUAUUUGCCUGAAUCCAUAUCUGCUCUGUUCCUGCCAAAAUCCACACCUGAGCAAUGGGAAAUGUACUCUUGUGUUCUGUGCCUAAUGGACCCAUCCUGUCCCGUGGCAGGCUGCCCGGCUGGUGGCCCAUCCGCUUAUGGGGCUCCUCUGCCCUCCUUCCUGCCCUCCUCCUCUCACUGUCUUGUCUUUACACAUCCUCCCAUGGCUUAGGUUGUCCCCAUCUUGCCAUUGAAACUAACCUUGCCUGUGUCCCCUUCCUCAGAGGCCUGACUCCCCGCUCCGGCUAAGCUAAUCCAUUCAUGGGUGCCAAGGGGCUGACACUGGGCCCCCGCUCUGGGCCAAGCACUAUCUCAGGUGCUGGGAAUACUCAGAUAGCUGAAGCAUUUGACUGCCUUCUGGAAGCUCUGAGUCUGGUGGGAAAGUCCGGCAAAAACAGAGAAUUACAGUCCCAGUGAUGGUCACUGCAGGAACACAGGCGGGGUGGGCAAGGCCUGAGCGCAUCGGGGAGGCACUACCAGACAGGUCGCAUUUGACCUGAGCCUUGAAGGACAAGUAAGCGUUUGCCAGCUGGAGAGGGUGGGAAAAGAAUUCCACGCAGAGGGAAUAGCAUUAGCCAAGGCCUGCUGGUGGGGCAGUGCGUGGCAUGUUGAGGAAGAAGUGAACGGCAGAUAGAGUGGAGUAAAGACUCGGGAGAUGAUGCCAGAGAAAAUGUUCAGGGGCCAGGUCCUGCAGCCUCAAAUGCCAGGCUAAAGGGUUGAACGUGAUUCUCAACAAAGAGCCUCCAAGGGCCUGCUGUAUGCCCAGCCUAGGACCACAGGAGGAGAAUGAAGCAGAGGGGGCAGCUACAGCUGUGAUCCGGGUGAGCAGUGAUGGGGUGGCCCAGCAUCAGUGGGCAGUUCUGUAUAUUAUCUACCCUCAUGACGCCAUCUUCGCCCACAGGAAGAGUCUGGAGGUGGGCACCGGGGGUCUCAGCUCACACGUGGGUCUGCUGCCCAGUUACCGUGGGAUCAGUCUGGCUGCCUGCUUCUCCUUGCUAGGAAGAGUCCCAAGGAGGCAACUUUGUUGGGCCUGUGUAGACAUGGGCACAGUGCUUCAAACAGUCACUCCAGGGGCCAGGACAUGUAUGGACUCGAGGCAAGGUGCCUGGGAGAGUGAGGCAUACAAGGAGGAGCCAUGAGCUGCCCAAGAAAGCAAAGGGCCCCGGCAGUCACAAAGAGCAGCUCACCCAGGCCCUGGGAGAGGCCGCUCUGGACACCAUGUCCUCAGUGACUGUGAUGGGCACAGAGCUUUGCACAUUGGAAAGAGUCACAGAAAAGAUUGCCAUGCUUGCUAGUGUGGUGACAGCUGGCCUCUCUCCACUGGCUGUGAUAUUCGGGCAGCCAGACACAGGGUAUCUGCCCAGGACAGGGCUGGGGGGUGCACCUCAGAGGGAUGCACACAGCUCACUUCUGGUCUGUUUCUUCAGUCCCUUUGUCCUGGGACGGCACCUGCUUACCCUGAUUGUGUUGGUGACUCCAGCCAGCAAGAUGGCAAAUGCCUACAUCCCUGAUAGUGCCCCCCUCUUAGAGCGAGCACACGGUUGGCUGCUCCAGGCCAUCUUGUGAGGUCUCCUUUCAACAUCAAGAGCCUGUUGUGCUGUUGCCACAUCCUGAGUUCUGGGCUGCAAGCCACCCUGCUACUCACCGAUGCCGGGAGAGCAACCGAUCUGGGAAGUGUCGCAAGUUCCUAUGGAGGAAGACCGCCUAACACAGAGGCUAAACACAGGCUGUAGAACCAGCCCGACGUGCUCAAAUCCCAGUGCCUCACGCCCCAGCCCGGUGACCCAGGGAGAGUGCUUUCAUGUUUCUGAGCCUCCUACCCUCAUCUGUGAACUAGGGGCAAGGCCUAUGAUCAGGGGUCGGCAAGAUAACCCAGGUUUCUGGGACUCCUCGCUGAAUCCUCCACAAGAAAGAGGGAAGCCAGCAGAGCCUCCAAGAGACCGGGCCCCCGGAUCCCCGCAAGUCUCCAGCCUCAGGCCCACAGCCCAUGACGCAAACUGUGCCUGUGAAAUCGAGCUGUCGGUAGGAAAUGACCGCCUGUGGUUUGUGAAUCCUGUUUUCAUCGAGGACUGCAGCAGCGCCCUGCCCACCGACCAGCCACCUCUUGGAAGCUGCCCUGCACACCCCUUGCCACCCACGUCUGAUACUACCUCGCCCACCUCCAGGUGGGCCCCACGCCGCCCACCACCUCCUCCCCCAGUGCUGCCCCUGCAGCCCUCCAGCCUAGCCCAGCCCCCUCUGCUCCCUGCUUCUGCACCCGCCCCUGCCUGUCCUUUGCCCACCUCUCCCCCAGUGCCUUCCCCCCACGUCACACCCCAUGCCCCAGGUCCCCCAGACCAUCCGAGCCAGCCGCCCAUGACGGCCUGUGAGAGACUCCCAUGCCCCACUGCAGGCCUGGGCCCCCUCAGGGAGGAAGGGAUGAAACCAGGGGCAGCCUCCGGUCCCUUGCAGCAGGCCUCCCCCCCGCCACUGCCUGCGAAGAAGAACCUUCCCACUGCCCCUCCCAGACGCCGCGUUUCUGAGAGGGUGUCCUUAGAAGACCAAAGUCCGGGGAUGGCGGCAGAGGGGGACCAGCUCAGCCUGCCUCCCCAAGGGACCUCAGACAGCCCUGAGGACACGCCCCGGGGGAGCACGGAGCAAGGCCAGGACACAGAGGCGAAAGCCAGCGAUCCUGACAACAUGCCGGAGCUGCCCAGGAAGGCCAAACAACCCCCAGUCCCACCCCCCAGGAAGAAACGGAUCUCUCGACAACUGGCCUCGACCCUCCCAGCUCCCUUAGAGAACGCUGAGCUCUGCACACAGGCGAUGGCCUUGGAGACACCCACGCCGGGUCCACCCAGAGAGGGCCAAAGCCCUGCUUCUCAGGCUGGGACUCAGCACCCUCAGGCCCAGGCCACUGCCCAUUCCCAGAGCUCUCCAGAGUUCAAGGGCUCCCUGGCCUCCCUCUCAGAUAGCUUGGGGGCGUCUGUCACGGCCACCGACCAGGACUCCUACUCCACUAGCAGCACGGAGGAGGAGCUGGAGCAGUUCAGCAGCCCCAGCGUGAAGAAGAAGCCCUCGAUGAUCCUGGGCAAGGCCCGGCACCGGCUGAGCUUUGCCAGUUUCAGCAGCAUGUUCCACGCUUUCCUCUCCAACAACCGCAAGCUGUACAAGAAGGUGGUGGAGCUGGCGCAGGACAAGACCUCGUACUUUGGCAGCCUGGUGCAGGACUAUAAGGUGUACAGCCUGGAGAUGAUGGCGCGCCAGACCUCCAGCACGGAGAUGCUGCAGGAGAUUCGCACCAUGAUGACCCAGCUCAAGAGCUACCUGCUGCAGAGCACGGAGCUCAAGGCCCUGGUGGACCCCGCCCUGCACUCUGAGGAGGAGCUCGAAGCAAUUGUAGAGUCCGCCUUGUACAAAUGUGUCCUGAAGCCCUUGAAGGAAGCCAUCAACUCAUGCCUGCAUGAGAUCCACAGCAAGGACGGUUCGCUGCAGCAGCUCAAGGAGAACCAGCUAGUGAUCCUGGCCACCACCACCACCGACCUAGGUGUGACCACCAGCGUGCCGGAGGUGCCCAUGAUGGAGAAGAUCCUGCAGAAGUUCGCUGGCAUGCACAAGGCCUACUCACCCGAGAAGAAGAUCUCCAUCCUGCUGAAGACCUGCAAACUCAUCUACGACUCCAUGGCCCUCGGCAACCCAGGGAAGCCCUAUGGGGCGGAUGACUUCCUGCCUGUGCUCAUGUAUGUGCUGGCCCGCAGCAACCUCACGGAGAUGCUUCUCAAUGUGGAGUACAUGAUGGAGCUCAUGGACCCCGCCCUGCAGCUGGGGGAGGGUUCCUACUAUCUGACCACCACCUACGGGGCCCUGGAGCACAUCAAGAACUACGACAAGAUCACGGUGACCCGGCAGCUAAGCGUGGAGGUGCAGGACUCCAUCCAUCGCUGGGAGCGCCGGCGUACGCUCAACAAGGCCCGGGCCUCCCGCUCCUCCGUGCAGAACGGUCGGCCCAGCUGGGAAGCCAGGCAGGGAAGCCUCUGCAGGCUCGCGGCAGAGACCGGAAAGGCGCAGGACUUCAUCUGCGUGUCGUACCUGGAGCCCGAGCAGCAGGCGCGGACGCUGGCGUCGCGGGCGGACACCCCAGCCCAGGCGCUGUGCGCGCAGUGCGCGGAGAAGUUCGCAGUGGCUCGGCCGCAGGCGCACCGGCUGUUCGUGCUGGUGGACGGGCGCUGCUUCCAGCUGGCGGACGACGCGCUGCCGCACCGCAUCAAGGGCUACCUGCUGCGCAGCGAGCCCAAGCGCGACUUCCAUUUUGUCUACCGGCCCCUGGACGGUGGCGGCGGCGGCGGGAGCCCACCCUGCCUGGUGGUGCGGGAGCCCAACUUCCUGUGAGUCCCUCCCGGGGCGCCUUCCCUCACCCCCAGGCGCACAUCUGGCUCUGCCUCUGGCUGCGCAUUCCCGACAGCGAUGUCCACGCAGCACAGGGACAUGGGCCAUUCCAUGACGUGCCCAGGCCAACGUCGCAGGACAGUUGUGAAAAUAACAUGACGCGCGGCCAAGACCACUUCCUGAGGGCAAGUCAUAGAGCACUGAGACACUGAGAGGCCAUGUUCUUCAUGAGACAGAAAGGGAAACUGAGACUCAGAGAGGAGAGAGGCGCUCCAGGCCGCUGCAGCCAACAAACCCGCGUCCUCUUCACACGCAGCUCCUUAGGCCAUUCCCCAUGAGUCCCCCACACCCACCCUAUCCUCGGUCUUUGCAAAGACGGGCCCGAGCUUAGUUUCCCCAGGACUGGCCAAGGAAGGGGCACUGGCCACAGCUGCUCCCCGCGCCCCUCAGGGUGGACCCAGCAUCUCAGGAGCACCUCAGGGUGUGGGUUAAGAGACAGGCCUCCACCCCUGCACCAGAGCCUGUCCUUAGCUCCCAGUGCCCCCAGACCCCGCAGGUCUGUGCCCCGCAAGAAGCAGCCAGACACACGCCGGGGCGCCAAGCAGGGCCAGCUCCAUGGACCCAUGGACAAGCCCAGCCCCGCCUCAGGGAAAACAGGGCCUUUCCCUACAGGACACGCCCCAGAGCUGUGGCAGAUUGCAGGAGCCAUCGUGUGGGGAGAAUUUAAUAAAAAUCCCUUUUGAAAAUGA